AUGUCUCUUGGACGCACUUUCAAGUUGAAUUCGGGCUACGAGAUCCCCGCUGUUGGUCUCGGGACUUGGCUCUCCAAGCCCCAUGAAGUUGAGAACGCGGUCGAGCUUGCUCUUCGCAAGGGCUACCGUCACAUUGACGCGGCGGCAUGCUACCAGAAUGAGAAUGAGGUAGGAAAUGGUUGGAAGAAGUCGGGCGUCCCCCGUGAAGAGAUCUUUAUCACCAGCAAACUAUGGAACACACACCACCACCCCGAUCACGUCGGAGAAGCCCUGAACAAAACACUGAGUGACCUUCAGACCGACUACCUUGACCUCUACCUGAUCCACUGGCCCGUCGCGUUCGAGCAUACCAACGAGACCCUCACCCCCACCGACCCGGUGUCCAAGCGGUUCCGUAUAGCCGAUGUGCCGGUCGCUGAUACUUGGGCAGUACUGGAGAAGUUUGUUGAGUCCGGCAAAAUUCGCAGCAUUGGAAUCAGCAAUUUCACAAUUGAGGCGACUCAAUCGCUCCUCAAGACAGCGAAGAUCCCUCCCGCGGCGAACCAGAUCGAGGCCCACCCUUAUCUGCUUCAGCCCAGUCUGUUCAAAUUCUUGAAGGAUAAUGAUAUCUUGCCUGUUGCUUACAGCCCACUUGGAAACAAUAUCUACAACCUGCCGCGUGUUGUCGAUGAUCCGACCGUGGUGCAGAUCGCUAAGAAGCUGAACAAGGACCCAGCCAUUCUGCUGAUCUCGUGGGCUAUCCAGCGGGGCUCUUCGGUGCUGCCGAAGAGCGUUACUCCUUCGCGCAUUGAGAGUAACUUUCAAGACUUCGUCAUUCCCGAUGCUGAGUUCGACGCGCUUAACAAGCUGGACCGCAACGAGCGGUACAACUAUCCCUUCCGCUGGGGAAUUGAUGUCUUUGGGGAGCUGGGGCCUGAUGAGGCGGAGCGACGUGCUGAGGAGCACGCAGCUAAGUUACGCGAUACCUAG